CCUCCAGCACACUCACUUCGCCUCUCGAGCGCGUAAAGUCGAACGAUGAGCUCCUCUCUUCCAAAAAGCGAGUCCGCUACUUCUCUGCUCAGGUCGUCGGGGCUCAACCGCAGGUCCGCGCACUCGGAUCACGGACCACACGGUCACCGGAGUCACCGCUCAAACCAUCACCAUCCCACCGGAGCUGGAGACGGACAUGACGCAGGCUGGACGGAAGACUGCGAGCCGAGUGCGCGCAGACCCCUCUGCCGGCCAAGACACGCCGACUCCCGAGGAGGGGAUCACCACCGGGCGCAGAAGAGCCACUCUCACAGACAAGCCAGCCUCCUGGAGGAUGGUCACCCUCCAGAGGAUGCGAGGCUCCGAACGAGCCGACAUCAGAAGGAGCGCAGCAACUCCACCAGGUCCAAACACCCUCAUCCUCAGCACGACUCCCCGAGAGGUGAUCACCAGGGCAGGAGGACCUCUCCAACUCCGUCUUACCCAAAGCACACGGACGAUGCAGAUUUCUUUUUCGAGCCCAGGGAGAGAGUGAUCACCGGCUCAUCCUCCAGCCUCAACUCGGAAACACCUGCCUCCGGUGCACCUGUCCGGCCCGCGGCGCGCAGGACAUCCAAGAGACUGAGCGGGACCCCGUCUGAAUACGACUCCAGGCUCCAUCCCAUAGUGAAGUCAGUGUUUGGCCAGGACCAGAAGAAGAACUACAAAGCAGUGCAGUCCUGUGAGGAGGGGGGCUCUGGGGGGGCCUAUCUUGAGCCGCUAGUGGCCCUGGCCCAGAACGGAGCCAACAUGCACAACGUGCUGGGGCCCGCGUGCAUCUUUCUACGCAAGGGCUUCGCUGAGAGCCGGCAGGCUGACCGAGAGUUGAGGCCAGAAGAAAUGGAUGAGUUGCGUGAGGCUUUCAAGGAGUUCGACAAAGACAAAGAUGGCUUCAUCGGCUGUAAAGACCUGGGGAACUGCAUGAGGACUAUGGGCUACAUGCCAACAGAGAUGGAGCUGAUAGAGCUGAGUCAGCAGAUCAACAUGAACUUGGGAGGACAUGUCGACUUUGAGGACUUCGUUGAACUCAUGGGGCCCAAACUUCUGGCUGAAACUGCAGAUAUGAUUGGGGUGAAAGAGCUGAGAGAUGCAUUUAAGGAGUUUGACACAAAUGGCGAUGGCCAGAUCAGCACAGCAGAACUUAGAGAGGCAAUGAAGAAACUUCUUGGACAACAGGUUGGACACAGAGAUCUGGAGGACAUCCUACGAGACAUAGAUCUCAACGGAGAUGGACACGUAGACUUUGAAGAGUUUGUGCGGAUGAUGUCUCGGUGAGUUUGCAGCCGAGGAGGAGCCGAGACGUUAAAAAACCAAACGUGGAGGAACAGGAGCGAGAUCGGCACAGAGCACUGAUGGAGCUUGAACUUCUGAAACUGUCGAUGAACACAAAAUCAAAUACAUAUCAACCCCUGGCCUGAAACUGCCACGCUGAAGCACAGAGGCUGACCACUGUUGCCAGGAGCCACACUGCUGAUGACGAUAUGCUGCUGCUGUUUCUUAUUGAGCAUUAAAACGAUCAACAGCUGCAUUUCUAACUUUUACAAAGUAUAUUUGAGAAAAAAAAAAGAAGCCUAUUUUCCUUCAGUGACGACAUUUUUAAUGACGAUGUGGUUUCUGACCCAAGGGGCAACGUGAUGUUUGUGUCAUUUUGCUCAGACACUAUUUAUAACAGUAGCAUUUAAGAGGAACGCAUUUGCACCAACAGUAUGCCAGCAAACACCACACACACAAAUACAACACAUUCCUUUAUAAUGCCGAGAAGCACAAAUACAAUUAUAGCAAUAUGGAAAAUAUUUCAUGUCAUCCUGUCGAAACUGUGCGUUUGUGUUUUGUGCAUAAUGUAUUUUUCUCUCUUCACUCUAAACUGUAGAAUUAUUAUCUCCCGAAUUAAAUCUUAAAAUCAAUCAAUAAAUAAUAUAUAAUUUAAUAUAUAUAAUAUAUAAGCUUAUUUUCCUU